AUGCCGCCAAGUUUUUCACUUAAAUCGACAUAUGCUUUGCUACCAACUGGGGCGAGAGGAGUUGCGUUGAGACAUAACGCGAGUAGUGAAAAGGCCACAAAAGUAGCGAAAAGUAAUUGUUAA